CUUCUCGGUGAUAGUCUUUUAUUUGCGGAAGGUGAUGAUCAUAAGAUACAAAGAAAAAUGAUGAAUCCAGCUUUUGCUUACAGUAAUAUCAAAGAAAUGGUUCCAAUAUUUAUUCAUGUAUCUUCUAUUUUAAAAGGUUUAAUUGAAAAUGAGAUAAAUCAAGGAAAUUCUAAUAUUAAUCUUACACCCUAUAUCUCAAAGGCUGCUUUGGAUAUUAUUGGU